AGGAUCGAGCCUUCGAUUCGAUUGCGGCGUGCGAUCCACGCCGGCGACGCCCUGCUGGUGAAGCGCAUCCUCAAGUCCCAUCCGUCCCUUCUCCAUAACCCCGACGUCUCUCCAGUUGGGCUCUCCAACUCUAACAUGCAUCUUGCCGCCUCUCUCGGCCACAAGGAAGUCUGCAAGGUGCUCCUCGAUGCCGGCCAUGAAGACCCUUGUCCUGCCCUCAACGAGAAUCACCAGACUGCCCUUAUGCUUGCCUCGGGUGCCGGACACACAGAGGUCGUUCACUUGCUGUGCGAAAACGACUCGGACUGCAUUCUACGAAGAGAUAUUCGCGGCCGGGAUGCGGUCAUGGAGGCCAGCGGCGGCGGCCACGACACCAUACUGCAACUUCUGUUGACAUAUGUCCCCGGAGGACCGUACGAGGCAGUGCAGAGAGCAGAUGCGGAGGGGAACACGGCUCUUCACUUUGCGAGCGGUAACGGCAACCUCUUGGGCCUACGGACAUUACUCGCCGCCGGUGCAGAUGUCGAGAGGCGCAACAUUUGGAACUGGACGCCCGCUGCGUACAGCGCCACAGUGCAGGCCGAAGUUUAUCUCAAGGGCCUGGUGUCCGAGGUUGGAAGACUUCAGCAACAACAGCAGAAACGGAAGAAGGAGAGCGAGCCCGUCAAGAAGAUGGCUGUUGGUAGUGUCAGAGUAGUAAACAGUGAUGAGGACGAGCGUUACGACAUUUGA